CUUGCCCUUAAGGUCAGUUUAUCACCAAAGUUCACGAUGAAGUCGGUGUCCCCCCUUCUCUUUAUCUCUCUGGUCAGCUUUGUAGUUUGUGAGCAGAUUCUCUAUGACAAAAAGCAUCACAAAGCUGUCGUGGUACGACCAGGCACGGGUUGCUAUGUCUACCAUCUAAAUCACGAUCAAACUCAGGAGUCUUAUGACGAUACAUUGAGACCAGCUCUUGAGAAGAAGAUCAUUGAUGCUUUGGACUGUAGCCAUGAUAUUCACGAGGUCGGACAUCACAGCAUUGACCAUCUGUCUGCGGAUAUCAAAAGUACCUGUGCCUCCGUCCCUGUCUAUGGCUUUGAUCAAACUUCCGCCGGAUGUGCAACUACCACCAUGGCCCCUACAUCAACAGACAUGCCCUCCACAUCAACUGAUCCACCCUCAACAUCCAUGGAUCCACCCACUACCACAUAGAUUUAAAUUUUGAAAAUUGCGCGGAUGUUCGUUUUGUUUAUUUUAAGCUGGAGAAAGACUCUUAAAUAUUUGUAUCAAAAAUAAAUGUGUUUUUCAAACGAAAACAAUACAA